AUGCUAGUAGCAUCAAGCUUUUUAAGGCCAACUGGCGUGUCACUAGCUUUUGAAAGAGGAAUUCUCCAAGUAAUUCUACAUUCCUUGAGGUGGACCUUUAUCUCUUGGUGGGAUUUCUUCACCAGAGUUUACGAAAGAAUGACAACUAAAGUGGACCAAUUGGGAUACAAGAGUCACCUCAAAAUUGGCUUCCGUGGUAUUGAAGUUAUGAUGUUGUGUUUAUGUUCAUUACAUGGUUUUGCUGUUUAUAAAUUGAUACCUACAAUUAUUAUAAAUAAUGGUGGAGUCUUGUUGACAUUUUGUUGGAUUGUAUAUGGUAUUAUCACAAUGUUUACAGCAUUUUGUUUAGCUGAACUAACAGCGCUAGCACCCUGUACAGGAUCAACUUACCACUAUUCCUACCUUACCAUUUCUGAAUUCGUGGCCUUUUUGGUGGGAUGGAAUAAAAUUCUGGCUUAUGCUGCAGUAAUUUUGUCAUAUUGUACCUUCAUGAGUUCCAGUAUCGAUGAAAUAUUUUUUGGAGGUUGGUUGACUGCUGAAAUCCACCUUGGUGAGCCGCAGUGUUUCAGUUUAUUUUGUUCUAAAGGUUAUGUGGAUCUUAUUGUUCCAAUCAUCAUACUUUCUUUAGCAUAUUUGGAAUCGUGGUCAAUACGUACAGCUAAAGUUUUCAUUAUGGUUGUCACCUCAAUCAGUAUGAUAAUAAUAUUUACUAUAAUUUUUGGUUUAUACUUAUUCAUUGAUAUUCGCCCAACUAGAUCUGGUUAUAAAUCUCAAACAAUAUUUCAAGACAUUGGAGAAACUGUUUUUUUUGGUUUAAUGAGUUUCGACUCUAUUGCUGUUUUAGGUGAUGAAGUCAAAAAGCCUUGGAAAACUAUUCCAAAAAGUAUUAUUAAUGCUACUAUUCUGGUUGUGGUUAUAUAUGUCGUGUUAACACUGCUUUUGAUAUCUAUCAUGUCUGAAAACACAGUUUUAAAAGAUGAUACUUAUUUAUGUCCACUUUCUAAUAUUUUGGAAAGUCAUGGUUAUUUGGUAUUGUCAUGGUUCAGUAAUCUAGGGACCAUUCUUAGCCUAUGGGGAGGAGCAUUUGCCAUGAUUUUUAAUCUUUCACGGAUAUUAUAUUCAAUGUCAAGAGACGGACUGUUAUUUCCUUUCCUUUCUAGAGUGUCAUGGAUAUCCCACACACCAGUGGUGAACACUAUGUUUUGUGGGGCUACUUUGUCGAUACUUGGAACGUUUGUUAUAAUAAAUUACAAUGCUGCUGCUUUCAGCCUUCUUCUUGAAAAAAUUAUCAUCCCUGUCUGUCUACUUGUAACACGAUAUAGAUGUGAACAAAAGGAAGAAGAGAACAAAGAGACUUGUAAUAAUUGGUUAUUAUUUAACUAUCCCAAUAGUAGAACAAGGCCAACUAUAGUUACUGAAAGAAUUAGUCGACUCCUCAUUUAUCUCAUAGUUUUGAGUGCUAUUUCUUCAGUGUACUGUAUUCUGAUGAUGUUUGCAAAGGAUGCAGGGUUGUAUGUCAGAGUCUUGGCGUUAUUCAGUGUUUUCUUUCUUAUAAUCUUCAUCGUCUGUCUCCAUUGUCAGCCCCAGAAUAACAGAACACAAUUAUCCGUCAGAGUUUUAGCCGUCCCAUUGAUACCUGUACUUUCAUUAACAUUUGAGUUCUUUACUGCAACUUUUUUAACAAGAAGUGAAUGGUGGUUGGCUUAUUCCUGGGCUUUAAUUGGAAUAAUCUUUUAUUUCAUCUAUUCCAUCUUUAAUUCAGAAAAAAACGAAUUCACUGAUUCCACAGGAAAUAAAUGGAAUCCAUAUGAAAAAAAAAGAACAAGUAAAGAGAUAUAUUUAAUUGAAUCGGAAACAUAUGAGACUAAUGGAAAGACCCCUGAGGAGCAACUUCAAAGAUUAGGUUUAAGUCCCUAUUACCAAGCUGAAUGCUUUAAUAAUCACCCUUCCAAGUCGAGCAUUGAAAAUUUCACAAAAACUGAACAGAUACUUAAACAGGAGAUGAAGGAAAUGCAAAUGUAAUGAAGGCCAACAAAGAUUCAAAACAGUAAUUAAAAGAAAAAGAAAGAUAAUGAACAC